AUGAAAGUGGCUCGAAGACAGGCUUGGGAAGCACGAAUGAGAUUGGAAGCACAAAUGAGAUCAUAUUUGGUCACUGCCACAAGCAAUUAUGAUUCGUCGUUCCACAAAGACGAAGUCCUGGAGGCGAUCAAGGCAGCUUUUCACAGACAUGAUGCCUCGGAGAAUCUACAAGCACCACAGAGUCCCAGUUCUCCGCAGCCGCUUGAACAAAGUCAGACAAGAAAACUUUUCGCCAACGUCGUCGCCGUACCUAAGCUCAAGAAGAAGGAUAAGAAAGCCAAGAAGAAAUCGGCCACCACGAUCACUAUGGACAAAACCAAGCCAGGGUCUCGAUGA